AUGAUGGGACUUUAUUUUCUCUACAGUCUUGCAGUCUCUGCUGUUUUACUCUGCACUACACCAGCAGGUGGCUAUGUAUAUCAGAUGAUAUAUGACUGCGAGUAUGGCGACAACAUCACGGAUGUGGUCUUCUUUGUUAAAAACAUAUUUAACCAGAAGCUCAACAACAUAUAUGACUCUCGGGUUGGGAAGUACGUCGGCUUUGGAGAAUAUGGCAUGAAGAACGCAGACCAUUAUAACAACCAGGCUUGGAAAAUGGCCUUAAGAAAAACUCAAGUAGAGACUCUUUGCAGAUACAAUGCAAGACUGUUCAGAAGGAGCACACUGGAUAGAAAAGUGCCUCCGAUUGUCAGGGUCCAUCAGACCAAGCUGGCUAACUACGGGGAGCGGUCCAUGCUUGAGUGCAGUGUUGUGGGGUUUUUUCCCCAAGAAGUGAGGGUGAGCUGGCUGAGAGACGGGGUGGAAGUCCCCACUGAUGUCUCGUCUACAGACGUCCUGCCCAACGAGGACUGGAGCUUCCAGCUUCACUCUUACCUGGAGCUGAUACCUAAGAGAGGGGAGAGGGUGAGCUGCAGGGUGGACCACAGCAGCCUGAAAGAAAGCCUGGAGGUGGCCUGGGACACAUUUGCUCUGGAUGCUAAACAUGUGAAGAUGACAGCGGGGAUCAUCUUCUUCUUUAUCGGCCUCACUGCAGCUGCUGGUGGAGCAGUUUACCAUUGGUGGAAACAGAGGUGUAUGUGGACAUCAGGGUUCGACUUCAGCCCAGUAGGCAGACAAGGAUAAACAUCUUUAUGUCUUUCAGAACUGU